UCGCGAACCAGUCCCGAACCUGUCGCGAACCUAUUCAGCUGUUGCGUGUACGCCGUGCCUUAAUUUAAAAUUUUUGUUAUUAAUAAUAAUUUGGCGCGUGUGUGUGUGUGUGUGUGCAAACAUGCUAGUCAUCAACACUUGCAGAAACACGGCGAGGCUGGCCCUGCGGAGCGCCUGGCUGAGAAACAACGUUCCAAUCAGUUCCCCAAUUGCCUCGCGCACUUUCUCGCUGGGGCUGGCCCUGAAGCAGCAAGAUGUCGUUAACGUAACCUUCGUACGUGCCAAUGGCACCAAGAUCAAGACAUCCGGCAAGGUGGGCGACUCCCUGCUUGACGUGGUGGUCAACAACAGCGUGGACCUCGAUGGUUUCGGCGCCUGCGAAGGCACCCUGACCUGCUCCACGUGCCACCUGAUCUUCAAGACCAACGACUUCGAGAAGCUGCCCGACAAGCCCGGCGACGAGGAGCUCGACAUGCUGGACCUGGCCUACGAACUGACUGACACCUCGCGUCUGGGAUGCCAAAUCACCCUCUCGAAGGACAUGGAUGGAUUGGAAGUGCACGUCCCGUCCACCAUCAACGAUGCGCGCUCCGCGUAAAUCCCAAAAUCCCAGACCCAGGACAUAGUUGUUACACUUUUUGUUUGCUAUUUGAGUGCUAGAUAUAUAUUAAAUAAUUGAAAGAAACCUGGGAUAUUGUCGUUCCAGGCUUCCGAAGCUCAGGCCGCUAUUAUAGAUGCGUGCAUAAAUUGUUUCGAUGGCAAUUUAUGCCGACUGUUGUUUUUUUUUUAAAGUGUUAAGCUCAAUGGGAUCUGUAGAUAAAUAUGUAAAUACAUAUGUGUUCACUAAUAAA